AGCGCUCAGGUGCGACGAAAUGAAAAACCUUAAGGUGCAGGACAUCGAGAAUCUAGGCAACAAGUACCUUGUGUCAAUUACCGAUACCAAAAAUGAUAAACCUCGCCAAUUUAUAGUUGGCGAAAUGUUUUACGACAAAGUUAAUAGCUACUCUUCGUUGAGACCAAAUGACGAAUUUACGGAUCGAUUUUUUGUCCAAUAUAAUAAAGGAAAAUGUAUUCGUCAAGUUAUUGGCCGAAACAAAUUUGGAGAAAUUCCUCAGCUUAUAGCUGAAUAUUUGAAAUUGCCAAAUUCAAAACUUUAUACUGGACACUGUUUUCGGAGAACAUCAGCUACUCUUUUAGCUAAUUCAGGUGCCAGUGUUACGUUGCUUAGGCAACUAGGAGGAUGGACAUCAAGCAAUAUCGCAGAAGGUUAUGUAGAAAAUUCGAUGACAAAUAGGCAACAAAUUUUUGAACGCAUAAUUCAUGAAGCUGCUCAGGUUAAACCAUCGACGAGCAAAAACAGUUCAAAUAAAAUAAUCAUUCAGAAUAAAAAUGAUAAAUCUGCAGAAGCAGAUUUGGAUGAUUUUUUUGAGAAUUUUGAGGUUACUGAGCAGGAACUAAAUUUAAUAGAUCAAUUAAAUGAAUCAAAGGAACCUUGCUCAUUGACACCUCAAUUUACAACUGCAAAUAACAAUAAAAUCCUCGUGCCAAACCAUAACCAACCAAAACCAGCUCAACAUUUUACCUCUAAACCACCAGUUAGAGUAUCAUUUCAGGGACCACCAAAUGAACCACCGAAAAAAAUACUUAAAAUUUCAGCAGGUAAAGCUAGUGCAGUUGGACAGACUUUGCAAUCUUCAUCUGGUCAACGAGUAGAAAUUAAUAAGGAUAUAAAUUCAACUUUCGGCAAAAAUUCAUGUGUAAAAUAUGAAAACUGUGUAUUUCACGGGAAUAUCACAAACAAUUUUUAUUCUUCAUGAACACUUGAAAAAUUAUUCAGUUAAAUAUCGUCGAAAUUAAUUGCUCUAUUAAAAGCGGUACUACGAGUAGAUAUAAACUUGUAAGAAAGAAUUGUUAUUCAUUUAUAAUAUUAAAAUAAAGAAAAAUUUUGUAUAAAAUUAA